AUUCUCGGUCGUUUUGCUCAAAAUCCAACCCUUCGUCAACGCCGAGGUCUCGAGUCGCUCCGGCAGACCGCCGCCACCCGUCGUCCCGCCGCAACCUCCGGCGGUUUCGAUUUCGAAGUGGACGCCAUGGCCGCGGGCGACCAGCAGCAACGAGGCAGCGUGCAGAUCUCGUCGUCCUCCACUGGCUCCGGAAGGCUCGUCACUCCCUUCUGGAAAGAGAAGUACGAGAGGGACGCCAGGAGGUACUGGGAUAUCUUCUACAAGCGUCACGAGGGCAAGUUCUUCAAGGAUCGACACUACUUGGAUAAAGAAUGGGGGAAAUACUUUGAGGGCCAAGAUGGAGAAAAUAUGGUGGUUCUAGAGGUUGGUUGUGGAGCAGGAAACACAAUUUUUCCGUUGCUCUCUACAUAUCCAAAUAUAUUUGUUCAUGCCUGUGAUUUCUCUCCACGAGCUGUUGACUUGGUCAAGAAACACAAGGACUUCAUACCUGACCAGAUAAAUGCAUUUGUUUGUGAUACUACAUCGGAACAACUAACUGAGAAUAUGGAACCUUCUUCUGCCGACAUUAUAACAAUGAUCUUUAUGCUCUCUGCAGUUGCACCAGAAAAAAUGCCCUUAGUUGUGCAAAAUGUUAGAAAUGUUCUAAAACAUGGUGGCCGUGUUCUCUUUCGGGACUAUGCCUUUGGUGACCUUGCCCAGGAAAGGCUUAUGUCUAAGGGCCAGCAAAUAAGUGAGAACUUCUAUGUCAGAGGUGAUGGCACGCGUGCAUAUUACUUUUCAAAUGAAUAUCUGGUGGAUUUAUUCUCAAAGUGUGGGUUUACUCUUGAGGAAAUAUUUGUGCACAACAAACAAGUUGAGAAUCGUUCACUAGACUUGGUGAUGAACAGGAAUUGGAUCCAAGCUACCUUCACCCUCGACUCAGCCGGUCCUCAAGUUCCAAAUGGUCAACAUGACCUCCAUGCUUGCGAAGGAAAAGAGGAUGAGGUAGCUGCUGACACUUCUAAGAAGGAAAGCAGUAGUGAAGAAAUUGAUCUUUCUGAGAAUUUUUGCAAUAUGUUUGGAAUGUCACACAACCUAGAUGAGGUACAAAUUAUUGGGAUCAAUGCAAAAGGUCACGACUUCAAAAUUAAAAUGCUCACGAAAGAAUAUCAGCACACCUGCAAAUUAACUGGCUUAAUGCUUUGGGAAUCAGCUCAAUUCAUGUGCAGUCUUUUAGCAGAGAAUCCUUCCAUUACUGCAGGCAAAAGGGUCCUGGAGCUGGGCUGUGGCUCGGCUGGCAUCUGCUCAAUGGUUGCCACAAGUUUCGCUAAGUUUGUUGUAGCUACUGAUGGCGAUGCAGAAUCACUGGACCUCCUUAAACAGAAUAUUUCCUCUAAUUUGGAUCCUAAUUUGCUUAACAGAAUUAUGAUUAGGAAGUUAUUUUGGGGCAAUAAAGAUGAUGUGAAGGCUGUCAGAGAGCUUUCUGGCAAUGGCGCAGGUUUUGAUUGCAUAAUAGGCACCGAUGUGACCUACAAUCCUGAUGCUAUACUCCCUCUCUUCAAGACUGCUAGGGAAUUGAUUUCUGACAAAGCUAAUGAGGAUUCAGGGGCAGCUUUUAUUCUGUGCUACAUUCAGCGCCGAGUUGAUGAGGACUCUAUCCUUUCUAAUGCUACGGCCCAGGGUUUGAGGCUUGUGGACAAAUGGAUAAAUGGAGUUCAUGAGAGUAAUGGUAUCAUUAGUUCUUGGUUCUGUGGUAAUGAUGUUUGCAGUGCUUUCAGGAACACAACACUUUCGAUAUUGUAUUUUGAAGUGUGAAAAAUUAAUGUUUAGCUGAAUUUCAUGGUUAUUAUAACCUGAAGAAAUUUUGUACCAACAGUACUAAGAUUUUUUUUUUUUUAAAAAAAUGUGAACUGUCCUAAAGUGACUGA